CAGCGCAUGUAAUACUGGUUAGGGACAGCGCAUGUAAUACUGGUUAGGGACAGCGCAUGUAAUACUGGUUAGGGACAACGCUUGUUACAAUGGACACACACUAAAAAGCAUGGGGCUAUUUGUUUUCUUUUCAAAGCAAAACCACAUAGCAAUUUUUCACGAUUCUGUUUGUACAUGAGUGAUGGGUCAAAAGGUGUAACAGGCUAGAUAGCGGCAGCCAGUAUGGCCAUUUGCUAGGAGCUGCAAGCCGUCUGGAUUCUGUACAAUUUAAUAGCCGCCUUCUCUCCUCCCUCCUCCCGGAAAGAGUUGUUCUGCGCUCGCAGCGGCACUCCACUGCCGCAUGCCGUUUAGCACUCACUGUAUGAUCGCAAUCACGCGGGUUUGAGCUAAUGGUCCUACCUUAACAAUUUGCACUGUCGUUUGGAGAUGUGGCUGCUUGCAUAACGGUGUGGAUGGGGGGCGAGCAGGGUCAUGAGGGUGAUCAUUACCUUUGAGUUGGAUUUUGGGGGUCGCUACCGUAGAAGGAACGCGCUCUUCCUAUCAAUAAUUCAUCCAUCCCUGAAGCAGCGGGAAAGGGGGGGAGAGCACACAGCUCCGGAGAAACAGGUUUUGAACUGCAGUCACCGGCGUAUUAUGUCACAAUCUGACAGUGCUUCGAGACGGGCUGACGAGGAGGACAAAGGAGGAUGAAGGAGGGAGAGGGACCGGGAGAGGCAGAGGAGGAAUAUAAUGAAGUUGAGUGGGAAAGGACUGUGUACCAUCGUCUCCAGCGCCCUCCUCUUCGUCUGCGCGGUGAGCGAAGUUGUUGUCGGAUUCAAAUGCAUCUCGCUGGGCACCAAAGUAAAAGUGCAUUUUCACCUGUCGACCGCGGCCGGGGCUUUCUACUCGGGGAUACUGGUCGGACUCGGGCAGGCGCUGCUGGGCUUUGCGCUGCUUUGUUGCAAAGGGACGCCCGGGUGCCGGAAUUUCUUUCUUCUGGGUAUCCUGGUGUUUUUGUUGGGAGUUCUCACCGCCUUCUCCGGCGCCGUGGUGGACGGGGACACGGUGUCUCUGGUGGAGCGCAAAUAUUCCCAUUAUUGCCUAGACAUAGACUCAGUGGAAUUAACCGCCAUCUGCAACCAACUGAAGGAAUAUCAGAGAAGUCUAGUCAUCUCAACCAUUCUUAGCACUUUGGAAUGCCUUCUCGGGCUUAUGAACUUGGUGAUCAUCAAAAGGUACAAAACAGCGCAGUUUUACAGACGGAGGCAAUCACAGAGGCAGAGCGUAGGGACUAUUAUUUUCAGUGAGGAGCAGGACUUUACCGUGUCCGAAUUCCAACCGGUUUCCUACAUUAACUUGGGGGUAUUUCAAGUGUUCGACGAAGCAGGUGUUGAAGUACAAUGCGGGGGCCACCCGUCUAUAGAUCUCCCGGGUUACUCACCCACGGAUCCCGAGCUCAACCAUUCCUACCCCUUUUCUUACCCGCUACCGAACGAGUUACCGCCCGCGUACGAAGACAUUUUCCCUGGAGAUGAAAGUAACAAAUAGCAACUCACUCUGAACAAACAAAAAAGUUGGAACAUGGGCUCUAAAUUCUGCAGUGACAAUCACUGGCUUUCUCCCUUCGGUCUAUUCAGUGCUGGAACAAAUCAUGGAGAGAUUCUUACCUAAACCUUUUCCAUUUCCUUCAUGCUUAUUUUUCUCAGCAAAGGUAGCCUUCUGGUCCACUUUAUGCUCAUCUACCAUUAUGUUGCCAAUUAACUAGUCUAUUGCCAUCCAUCGAUAUAGUCGAAAUUCCAUGGUAAUAAAUACCAGAUCCAUAGACCAUAAGACGCUACCAUACCAGUCCAAAUGUCAAAGCAGCAGUUGUUUUGAGUUCAGAUUGGAUUCACAUCAAAUGCCCAUAUAGUUUGCUGUUGUUAUUGUUUUCUUUAACAUAUGAAUAAAAGUGUAUUUACUCUCA